AUGCAGGCGUUGCCAGCACAAGCAUGCUUACUUGUCACACUCUUUUCAGUUCUUUGCCUUCACCGAAGUCGACCGGAAGCGUGUUGCAGUCCAGGUUUAAGUUUCAUCAGAAUGGCACGCGCCCGCCUCCGCCGUCCAGAGUCGUACGACGAUGUGCGUGCGGAAGGGCUGUUCCGUGCUACCACCGUGCCGCAGAUCCUCGCGCAGCGUGGAGCGAUCUUCAUGCACGGUCUGCCAGGUCUCCUUGGUGCCGGCGGCUUUCGCCCGCAGAAGAUCCCGACGAAGCAAGAGGUGCUUCAAGCAGGGUCGCGCAUCUUCGAAUCGAGCUUUUGUGCAGAUCGGGUGGACGUCUUCCUAAGCCAUCGCUGGGGUUCUGCCCGCUGGGCGAAGUAUCUUGCACUCUGCCUCUACUUGAAUCUGACGGCAGCGCUUGUAUGCUCCACAACCAUAUGGCUUCUGGCUACCGCGGCCAUGAUCCAUUGGGCACAUGGAGCUGCAAACCUGGGAGGCAACCUCUUGCUUCUGCCCAUGCUGGUGUACUUGCCCAUGGCUGUGUUUUUUUUCGUGUUCUUCUUCGGUCAGCAUGUCGUGCAUUGUAUCCGACCCGUCUCACUGUGGGUGGACCGAGCAUGCGUUCACCAGACCGACCACGAGCUCAAGCGACGACAGAUCCGGGCCCUCCCGGUUUUCGUUGCGCAGUCUUCAUCCAUGCUUGUGUUGUGGGACGAUGAAUACUUCCGGCGUCUGUGGUGCCAGCUAGAAUUGGCCACCUUUGCGAAGCACGGCAGUGCUCAGAAGGUGCAUUUCCUACCGCUUUGGCUUGCACCAUGGCUUCUGUCGGGACUCUUGCUGGACACGUUGGUGGCCACAGGAGUGAACAUCCUCAACUAUCGCAUCCCCCAGGAGGUUCUCACCUCCCCGACAACCUUUUCCGCCAUCUUACCAUCGAGCCUCCUGAAUUCGGCCUUUGGUCCGCUGGUCACCCUCGCCGUUUUUUUCGUGCUCUUGGGCACGGCCUUGGGGAUUUUGGUGUCCAUCCCCUGGACCAUGGCUUGCAGAGCCAAGGUAAGGAGCCACGCCUUGAUGCUGGAGCAGAUGGCGUGCUUUGACUGCCGAGCUGCAGAGUGCACAGUCGAGGCUGAUAGGGUCCUCGUGGAGCAGCAGGUCCAGAACCUCUUUAGGUCAGUGCUCGGCGAACGAGAAGUUGUGGUUCUGCCGACAACAUCCACGGGAACAGAGGACAGUGUGCCUUAUACUCAGAGUGAUGAUGAAGCUCUGGACGCAUUUAACAGCUACAUUCGCGGCCCGCUCCGCUCAGCUGUCAUGGAAAGUGUGGGAGACCAGCUGCAUGUGCCCUACAACAUGUGUCUGGUAGCUUCUCUUCCCAUGAUCUUUUAUUCUGCGGUCGACGUUCUCCAAUGCGAUGCCAGAUGCAUGUCCAACAUGGGAUACUCAUCCUUUGGCAAUUACCUCGUGCCGAUACUGGUGAGCUGGCUCACCACAAUCGUUUUGGUCGUUCCCAUCUUCUAUCCAGUUUUUCUUCGGCUGCUGAAGCGCACCUUCGCCGUCCAGUCAGAAUUGUUGCAGCUCGUUCUGGCAGCUCUAAGCGGCAUCUUGACCGUCAGCUACGGCUUCCUCUGCUCUGCUCUGCUAUUCGGACUUCUUGCCGUAAGCUUCCAAGAAGGAGCUGUUGCUUUCCUACCUCUUUUGGCCAUUCUGGUAUUUCUGCUCUUGCAGCUGCACUGCCUCUUCGGUACCGAUCGAUCAAGAGGCUCCCCCGUGGAUACCACCUACCGGGCCUUGCAUGCGGCAGACGACUUCAGCAUCUAA